AUGAGAUAUCGCCAGGGACUUCUGCAUCAGCACGGCCACGCUGGUAUGUUCUACGUGCUGAGCAGCGAUUCCAGCCCUCAGGGGAAGCUCGAUUUGAUGAUGACUUUGGAAGACAGGAUAUCCCGCACAGACGCUGAAGAACUGAUUGCAUGUCAAGGCGACGUUGCAAAAUUGGAGGAGUGGUCAUCAAAGUCAAAGAUCAUGACAACUCAACUGCCUCUUGGUAUUAUAGGUAGCGGCAACUCUGGGCUUGGAGCGAAGCACGAAUGCAUUUUCCACCAGGUUAAACUUGACUGCGGAAGCAAACCUGCAGAACUCGCUGCAUACUGCGGCAGCGUUGUUGGAUAUGUUGCCGACUUUGGCACAGAAUCUCAAUUUACUGAGAUACCUGCCAUCAACAUUCAGCAACUUUUUAUGAAUGCCAUUGAGAAUUCCAAUGGCGUUUUGGCAGCGAGACCUGAUAUUGCUGAUGGGGGUGAUGCUACUCAGAUGGAAUCCCAAGCUGCACUGUGCUACAUGGAGCCUGAUGCUGCUGUUGUUUCUGCAGACCAGCGCAUCAUUGAUCUCGAUGCAGAUGAUGCUGUUUCCGAACCCACUGCUCCCAUUGUGGUGGCUGCAGGGCCUAAAGAACGUGAUGUUGGCACUGUCCCUGACUCGUGGAGUCUUGGGGGGGCACUCAAUGUCAAUGGCUUGAAGCACAUUUUUAGCAACAUUUCAGGUGAUAUUCUGAAGCGGUGGGAAGAGUUUUCCCAUUUUCAGGAAGCGCUUUCAGCAAUAAACACCCUUCAUUAUCAAACUUUUUAUCGUGACAGAUUGCAGAAACUGAUGAGACCACCGAUGGACAAACUGUACCGGUACUAUGAGGGUGGCAGCUUGAUUAUGUGGAGGUGGAGUUCACUGGUUGACGUUGCUGAAGCACUUCACCGCAGAGAAGGUGCUUUGCGAAGCUGUUGGAAUUUGCAGGCGUUCUUGAAUAUUGGCCGAAACAAUUCGGGGACGACGCGUGGACAACAAAAAGACGGAGCCAGGGAUGACAACAGUUCAAGCACAAAACUUUUCAAUGUAGCAGAUCGCGCAGUACGAUCUCCUUUCUUCUGGGCAUACCUGCGCAUGGUCAUUUUGCUGCACGGACUUGUGAAUGAUCUUGGAUCCUGGGCAGAAGGCAUUGCAAGAAAGGCCAUAGCCCUGUUUGACGACAAGAGCAACAUCGACGCCAUGGCUACCUAUGGGCGCCGACACCCAUUGACUGCCAGAUUCUUGAAGAAGGACUUCGCAGGACCUGAUGCUUUAAGACCUCUUCUUGAACAAUUUGUUCAGGGCGCUGAUCUCUCCACUGAUGAAAGUUUGGGCCCAUUGCGUGCCUGGAUUGGAGCUUUGAGAUUGAUUCGUGUGGUGGAGCGGGAGACGGAAGUCCUUGGAAUGGACCCGAAAGACAUCAAACACUCAACAUUACUGCACUUGAUCUACCAAAGAACCAUCCAAUUUGCUCGUGGGGCAGCCGCAGACCAAGCCAUCCCACACAGCGAGAUGAGAUUGCUCCGUGACAACAAGAAUCAACUUGCAGCUCAGGACAGAAAUCGUGCCACGUCUUUGGAACGGUCCCAGGCCUUGACACAAGGGGUUGCACCUACCCCGGGUGCUGCAUCCAGUGCCGCUGUUGCCGGGCAUCCUGAAAACUGUUUUCAGCUUUGCCGGCCGUCAGACACUGACAAUAUCCAGCUCAUUCGUUUUCUUGGUGCUGCCUCUCGGGAAGAUCCAACUAGAGAUUCCGCAGUUAUGCAAAAGCUUUUGGUCUGGGACCACGUAGGUUCAGUGCCAACUGAUGUUCGCACCCUGACAUUUGCCCUGGAGACUGACUUUGCCGUUAGCAUUGUCGAAGACAUGGUGGCUGCAAGGGCUUUCGUUGGCAGUGGCAGGUCGUUCGAAUUUUAUGGAAGUGAAGGAGAGAUGAGAAACAUGGUUGAGCUUGAGAACAAGGGCUAUGUGCAGCGGGCAGCAGAUUCAGACGGCACUGCUUCCGAAUCCCGUUGGUACUUGACCCGCAAAGUGAGACCGCAGAUUGGGAAUCCCAAGCCCCUGUUCUUCCCACGUCAUGGUGUUGCCCUCGAAAACAAGACCACCUUGGAGUUGAUGCGAGAAUUGAUCUUCCAGGGCUUUGACUUGAUCGAAAACCCUAUGGAAAUUUUGAAGAACAAGAAGCAGCCCUACACAAACCAAAGAGGAUGUGGGUAA